AGAUAUUUCCUUUCGGCAAAACUAAACUGCAACAUUCUGAGUCACUGGAAAUCUUUCUGUGGGAGGGGUGAAAGAAACACUAUAUAUUCAGCCUACCAAGUGUGUGAAUUGUAACAAACCCAAGAAAUACAUCGAGUGCCAGACUUCAUCCUUGAGCAAAACAAGGUUUCAAAUAAUGGAAGCUCUGAGUGUGGCAAACACUGGUUUUGCCCUCGACCUUUUCAAACAUGAGUGUAAGACACAAACCAACACAAAUAUCUUGUUUUCCCCUUGGAGUAUUUCAACUACCCUGGCCACUGUGUACCUUGGAGCCAAAGGCAACACUGCAGAUCAGAUGGCAAAGGUGCUUCACUUUAACAAAGUUGGAGGAGCUGGAGUUGACAUCACAACCAUAAAACCACGACGAGCCUAUUCCAAAAUGGAGGAGCUUCUAUCAAAUCCGUGUAUCAGCGUUAAAAAGGCCAAUCUGGAGAACUCAAGCAACAUCCACGCAAGGUUUCAGGCACUUAGCUCUGAAAUUAACCAACCCACUAAAAAUUACCUGCUUAAAAGUGUCAACCAGUUAUAUGGAGAGAAAUCAUCACUUUUCAAUAAAGAAUAUUUACAAUCGAUUAAAAAAUAUUACCACACAGAGCCACGAGCUGUUGAUUUCAUGGGAGCAGCAGAAGAAGUAAGAAGAGAAAUCAAUUCCAAUGUUGAACACCAGACUGAAGGUAAAAUCCAGGCGCUACUGCCUGUCAACUCUGUUGAUUCACUCACCAAGCUGGUGCUUGUCAAUGCCCUCUACUUCAAAGGAAACUGGGCAAAGACAUUUAAGGAUGGAUUUACAAAGGAACAACCUUUCAGAAUGAACAAGAAUACAACUAAGCCAGUGCAGAUGAUGUUCCAGAGAGGGAAAUUUAAUUGGACUUACAUUCAAACAAUGCACACCCACAUUAUUGAGCUCCCAUAUGUCAAUAAUGACCUCAGCAUGCUCAUACUGCUACCAGAUGACAUCAGCGAUGACACCACUGGCCUAGAAAUGCUAGAAAGAGACUUGACGUAUGAGACAUUAGCCAGAUGGACCAGCUCAGAAAUGUUGGAGAAAACUGAAGUGGAUGUGUAUCUGCCCAGGAUCAAAAUGGAAGAGAGUUAUGACCUCAAAUCUACUUUGAGCAGCAUGGGGAUGCGAGAUGCCUUCAGUCAGGACCGAGCUGAUUUCAGAGGGAUGUCUGAGAAAAACGAUCUGGUUUUGUCAAAUGUUUUUCACAAGUGCUUUGUGGAGAUCAAUGAAGAAGGCACAGAGGCUGCAGCUGCCAGUGCAGCUUCUAUGACAUCACGAAGUCUCAUUUCUGCUAUUCAGUUUGCAGCAGAUCACCCUUUCCUUUUCUUCAUCAGGCACAAUAAAACUAAGACCAUUCUCUUCUUUGGCAGAUUCUGCUCCCCGUAACCACUCAGAUUUCUGUUGCUGAACAGGAUCUUGCAGCAGCAGGACUAUACCACAAAGAAAUCACCUCAAGUGUCUAAAUAGCUUGGGUAAUUUUACUUCACUUUCCUGUAUUAUUGGUCAACCUUUGUAGCUUGGGGAACAACAAAUAAUGCAAAUCAUUAAGAAUUUUUCUUUUCUGUUCAUGUGGGUAGAGGACUUGAUAAUAUUGGGCUACGACUCUCAAAAGCACAAUAAAAUGCACUGGUUGCUUUCUAAAUGACUGUAAAUUGCACUCUUAGUACUAUACAACUAUACAGUUUGCCAGAAGCUGGAAAUGAGCAACUGGGGAUGGGUCACUUGAUGAUUACCUAU